AUGGUCCAGGGUAUGAAGGUCCUCAAGAACGACCUGCGCCUAGCGUUUGAGCCUCCUCAGGAUGAACACCACCACCGCUCAGCUUUCUUGGCACUGAAGCAAGGUCACCUAUCGAUGCUGGAUUAUAUUCAGCAAGCACGGCAUCUGGCCCCCCUACGUCGCUUGAAGAGGCGUUUUGCGAUCGCGUUGCGUGAGAAUUUUAGCGUCAUGGCUUCGCGCGUGAAAUAUUCUUCUCCUCCUUCUGCUACUUACGAGCCUGAGCCCAUGGAGGUUGAAGCAAUCGAGCACGUCACAUACUCUCGGCGUGGUCAGAACGCCGAAUUCCGGAAGCCUGUAGCACCAAAACGGCUGGUGUGCUUCCGCUGUCGUAUUCCUGGUCACCACGCGGCUAUAUGCCGUGCACCUACACCAGCCCUAGCUGUCGCUGCGUCUGAAGUCACCGUCGACGCCGCUGAUCAGCCAAAAACGACGGCAGCUAGUAUGCGUGGGGCGUCCUACUGGGUGGGAUCAAAGACGCGUGUCUGCGGUGGCGACGUGUUCUCCUAG